AUGUCUCUUCUCAAACUAAGAAGUAACAGUGCGGAAUUCACAUCGUUCCCUGCAAAGAAUCUGCAGACUCAACGCCUGCAACGAGCCCGAAGCCUAGAUAGAGGUAGAAACAGAGGAUUACAAGAAAGAACAGAACAAAGAUUAGGAGGAACAUUACCAUCAUACAGGAGUAAACGAGCAGUUCUAAACCAAGAUGUUAAACCUGUAUCACAGUUUACCAGCCUUAGGAGAGGGUUUACACUGAAUGGAAAUCCAAUUCUAACAAAGGAGGAAGAAGAGGAGAUUAUAUCCAAGGACGAGGAUUCGGCCUGGGUUUGGUGGGCUAUCUAUCUAUUCCUUUUCUGCCUGAGUAUAGCAAACUUGAUCACAUCUAUUCUUGUAAUCAGAUUACUAGGUGUGGGGCUAGGAGGCCUCGAAUACCUGGAAAUAUCGGAGGCUGAAAGCGAGGUUUUGAUGUGGGGAGAGGCUGACCUAGGGAGUAUUUUAGUAAAGGAUGGUGAGAUAACUGGAUAUGAGGGAGAACCCCUUCACUUUGCAUCUAAAGAUAAACAGAUUGAGGUUCAAAGUUUUGGAUUGAACGGACCCAAGCUAGAUAUUAGCAACAGAAGUGUUUCUCUUCAGAAUAUUCACGAUUUCAAUUUGCUGCACCCUAGUUCUGGGGAAUUAUUCUUCUCUUCAUCGGACCCUGAGUGGAAAAUUCCAGAGGGUUUGAAGGAGUUGAGAGUAGAUGAACUGAAGGUUGGAGAAGGUGGAAUUAUAUCUCCACCAGGGAACCAGCUCAGGGUUCAAGCACAAGGCCAAGUUAGGAUCAGUGGUGCGGAGGGUAAUGUUGUGGAAGGACGAAGAGUGGAGCUAAUAUCUCGAGAUUCUAUUCUUCUUGAGUCUACUGGAGCCAGGGGAGGGGUGGAGCUAAGAGGGGGCGUAUCCUUGGAUACCGUCAUGCUUCCCAGGGGAGGAGCAGGAUUUCAGGAUGAAAUAUCUCAAUAUAAGCUUUGUAUUUGUUUACCAUCAGGGAAACUCUUUAAGGUUGAGAUGUCUGAAUUUCAAGAGGUUGGAUGUGCAAUGGUUGAUCCGAGAAAAAGUCCUUGUAAAAUAUAAAGGAAUUGAUUCUUCCUCCCACAAACUCAAAUUUUCUAAUACCUUUAUAUAUUUGUAAUAUGAUGUCGUAGAGCUUUCAUAUUUCAAAUUAUGAAUAUAGAUUACAUUAGUUAUAUGUAAAAAUCUCAAAGGUCUUAUCGUUGUAAAGAUAAAGAGAAAACAAAAUUUGAAUUUUUGGCGGAUCAAGUGUUCGGUUCCAUUGUUAGUUAAAAUUCUUUAAUAUUUAAAAUAUACAAUUUAAACUCAAAAA